AUGCUCAAUAUCCUACAGGAAGUAUUUUCAGAAUUCCAAAACGAUGAGGACAUUUCAAGGGAAAGGACGACGGAUUGCAGGAGAAGCAGAUUUUGCUUUAAGACCGACUUGUAUAUUGUCCAAUUUUAUCACGAUCUUCCAACAACUGCCAUACAAAUAGCCUGGCCCGCGGACGACUGCGCUAUCGUUCCAAUUUCAGAUUCUUCGACACAUGAUUUGGGCCAUGCUUUAAGCUGCCAUCCUCGAAAUGUCAAACUUAAACUUGAUCGGGCAUAUCACCAGCCCAACAAAAGCGACCUUGAACAUAAGAUAGAAUUAUCAUGUCAUACACGACAGCAUGGUCCCAUUGCUUCCAAACUUCCGAUCUCUUUACUUUACGUAUGUAAAGAAUCACACUCGGCCUUUUUGAAGAAAUAUUCCAAAAUGAACUUGAGCAUCCCAGUCCAGAGGUAUAAUCUCGACUUGUUUGCUGUAGGACAUGCCCAUAAGAUCCUUGAUGGCAAUGAGAUUGUGCAUUGUAAAAUUCAGUUGAGAGCAUCGCUAUACAAACCAGAGUCGGCUCGGAUGCAGCACGGACAGUUCUCCCAUCGUAUUAUGGAGGGAAAAAAAGUAAUAUGGGAAUUGUUCGAAGCUAGAUGCCCUAACCUAAAGCGCCUUGGUUUUACCGCCGGUUCGAGGACAGUGGAGAGAAAUGGUUGGGAUUUAGACGAACAACCCGUUGCACGUCUUUUAUCAAUCAAUGCGGAAUUGAUCGAUGGGGUCACAUAUGGUUUCCGAGUUUCAUGUCGAGAUGAAUGCAGCCGUAUAAAAAGCCGACGUGGUCUUAAGAGACUAAAGCUCAAGCAUCGAGAAAUAAUGGAGAUUUUAACCUCGAGCAUUCAACAGGAGUUUUGUAAAGCUCAAAACAUGAAAUUUCAUCACCGUCGGCAAGCUAAGCGCAAUCCAAGCUUCUGGGGAAAAGUUGACGUCAACCUGGUUUACAUCGCUUGGGUUAUGAGCAAUUUCUAUACUAAAGAGAAAAUGAAAAAAGUCCUAAUUACAAUACUAGUACACUAUUACUAG